UGCUGCAGAAGUACUUUUUGAGUGAUUUGACGGAAAACCACAGACUUUCCCUGCGAUGACACCCGACAAACAGGACAAUGUACCUAGGACCAGAUCUCCGAUGGAAUCUGUCCCUUGUAUGCGCUCAAAGCCUUGUCGGCUGUGGUGUCCACCUGCCCCGCUUCUAGUUGGCGUGUUGGUCCUGUUGCUGACUGUCGGGGUCACCCGCGGGCAGACUAUUGGCGAGUUUAAGACAGACGACGAGAAGGGUAUUGCAGCAGUGAAGGCUCCCGGUGGUACUACUUGCUACAUAGUCGAUGGAGAACCAGGAGAGGGUGAUGAGUUUGUGAUUUCCCUGGAUGAGAGCCGAUCCGACCAGCCCAAACUGGGUAGUGAGAUGACGGAGUUCUGUAAGAACCUGGCCCCGCGAUGGGCUAUCGCAACACCUGCUGGGAAGGAUGGAUCUGGUGGUGACGUCAUCAUAGACCGGCACACAGGGAGACAGCAAGAAGCCUAGGUCAUCGUAGCAUCGACGGAGUGCCGUUAUUCAGCGACACUGGGACAGCAACUGACGGAGUACCGUGUGGGCUUGAAAUUAGGUGUUGUUAUGUCAGGGAAAGUCAGUUCUAGCUUGAUGACAAAGUUUGCUGCAGAAGGUCCAACAACAUGCAGAAGUAAAAUGCUACAUAGAUAGAUAGCGAUUUUUAUGAAUACAAUAAAGUAUCUAUUACAUGAUUGUGAUUUACACAAUCAUAUAUAUGGGGUAGGGUAGCGGCGACACCAUCACUCUUAAGUCUUAAUAAUGUAGUGACCAGGUCUAUUUUGGACAUUUUAUUGCAGUUAGUACAUAGUAUUAAUAUGAUAAACAAUAACUUUAUACUUUCACGGCCUGCAUAGCAGUAUUGUAUUAACAUAGAAGUACUACACAAGUACAUGUACAUGUUACCUCAGAACAUGUUCAAAAGGUUUCAUCGUAUCUUAUUCUGGAUUCAUACAUUAAUGUACUUCUUAAAAAAAUUAUGCUAAAAAUUAA